AUGUUUUCAAAAUAUACAGAAGAAAUGUUCCAAGUAGUUUUGACACUGUUAUUGCUGUUACAAUCGAUCGUCAGUCAUCCGCUCCGGCUAAAUAACGAAAAAUGUCAAUGUCCGUCGAAAAAUAAUGUAGAACGAAUGUACAAUGUACCACCGCCGUGUGGUGAAGGAAAAUUUCGAGACCCACUCGAGAUCUUAGGCAUAAAAUUCCCAGAAUCUAGAAUCAAGCAUUUGUGCAAAGCUGACGUGUACAUGUAUGCCGACAAGAUUUCAAACGUGAGUUUUCCGUCCGAAGCAAUGAAAUUCUGUGGUUCCGUUUGUGAAGGUUAUCAAGACACCAUGAUUUUCGACGAAGGAGUAAAAGUGAAGGUGAUUAACGCCAAUUGCGAUUACACUGGCGCAACAAUUAUCGAACAACACUCAGCAAACGAAACUCACGCGGCCGUGUGUCCGGACCUGAGCACCGCAUGCGUGUGUACCUAUAACGUCCGUUGCAACCAACGAACGCGGCCAAUCACAUACACAUUGACUCCGAAUCAACAAGGAUAUCUCAGGGUGGAAGUAGCCGACUGCGGGAAUUCAAACGUCACUUGA